UUUAUUGAAUACAGAGGCGUGUCCGCUGUUGCUAAGCGCCACCGGAAGUAGCCCGAUGUUUACACAUUUUUGUUCCGCAGAAAAACAACGUUUCCACAGUUAGACUAAAAUGCCCCUUUUUGGCAAUACAUUCAGCCCCAAGAAGACACCACCCCGGAAAUCAGCAUCUCUCUCUAACCUUCAUACAUUGGAUCGAUCCACCAGGGAGAUUGAGUUAGGCCUGGAAUAUGGAGCACCUGUAAUGAAUAUUGGAGGUCAGAGCUUGAAAUUUGAAGAUGGACAAUGGAUUACAGAGUCAGGAGCUAAUGUGUCCAGCAAGGAGGUGCAGAAACUGAAGAAGAGGAAUCUGCAAUUAGAAGAAGAAAACAACCUUCUCAAGCUUAAGAUCGAACUUCUGUUAGAUAUGGAACAGAAACCUUGUGGAUGAAGGCUUCCAAAGACACACCUGAGCUGCAGUUGUAACCUUAAACAAUGACCUUGAUAUCUAUCCCUUCAUAGUGUGCCUUUUAAUGUACUGAAUUGCCUCUGAAGCGGACAAACAGAUCGCAAACAAACGAGACUUUUGGAGAGUUUUGUUUGAGAGAGUUUUGGAGCGAUUAGGAUGAUUUGGAGUGCUUAUUGACAUCACUUGCCAUAAAAUGUAAAAUCUGAAUUUCACAACAAUGGUAGCAGCGCAAAUUGUGAUUUUUUAGGGCACAAACCAGCACAAAUGCAGCACAAAUGGACAUUUUUUUCUGCUCAUAUGGGGUGCCAAUAUUACAGAGGUCCCAGACAGUAUUUGCUCUGUGGGAAUUCAGCCACAUGUCAAAUCUAACUGAUGCCUCCUGAUCCAUUUUAUUCUUGAAUAAUUUAAACUGUUUGAAACAGACUACAGUAUAUGCUUUUUAUCACUUGUGCUAUGAUUUUAAUCAGAGAUGAAAGCAUCUUUUUUCUCUUAUUUUAUAUUAUACUGACAUUAAAUCACAUCUCAUCUC